GGCGCCCAGGGGAACCCCAGCUGACUCGCUCUUUGUAAUCGAAGCCCAACGCCAAGGCAGCGAGCCGGGUGGCAGUUCCCGUCCGGCUGCGUCGCUCGCCGCCCCCCAGCCCUACAGCCGGGACUCGAUGGAGGAAGUAUUCUGGAUGGAUGGCUGCUGGAAUCCCACUGUCAUAGCCAGCUCUUCUUCAACACUUAAGGAUUUACUCUGGCAUUGAGUAAUGAGAAUUUCGAAACCAUAUUUGAGAAGUACUUCCAUCCAGUGCUACUUGUGUUUACUUCUGAACAGCCAUUUUUUAACUGAAGCUUGCAUUCCUGUCUUCAUUUUGAGCUGUAUCAGUGCAGGUCUUCCUAAAACAGAGGCAAACUGGCAGGAUGUAAUAAGUGAUUUGAAAAUAAUUGACAAGAUUAUUCAAUCCUUACAUAUCGAUGCCACUUUAUAUACUGAAAGUGAUGUUCAUCCCAAUUGCAAAGUAACAGCGAUGAAGUGCUUUCUCCUGGAGUUACAUGUUAUUUCGCUUGAGUCCAAAAAUGAGACCAUUCAUCAAACAGUAGAAAACAUUAUUAUCCUGGCAAACAGUGGUUUAUCUUCUAACAGGAAUAUAACUGAAACAGGAUGCAAAGAAUGUGAGGAACUGGAGGAAAAGAACAUUAAAGAAUUUCUGCAGAGUUUUGUACAUAUUGUACAAAUGUUUAUCAACUCUUCUUGAUUGUGAUUGAUCCCCUUCAGCAUUUCUACUGUUAGCAAACAUCUUCCUGCGGCUUAGAGGCUGUGAAACUCCUCAUUUCAUGCAUGCUGCCCCCAUUUUUUUAACAAGAGGACAAUCUGGAAUCUUGGAUCACACGAACUCUUAGAAAAGAAGGCAGAAAAAUGUCAUUGAGCAACAUGGUGUCUAUGAACUGUCUUCAUACUUAUUUCGUUCAUUUAUUCUUAAUUUAUUAUUGAAAUUGUACAUAUUUGUAGCAUAAUAUAAAGUAUUGAAUAAAAUUGUGUAUAUACUUCAUCCUUCGAAAUUGCAUUGAUGUUUGCCUCCUGUAAGAAAAUAGGGGACAUUCGUUCAAGGGCAAUAGUCAAAUUGCACAAGCUGUGGGGCUGAGCACCCCUGGGGCAGGGAAACCGUAUGUUCCAGCCAGCAUAGGACCACUGACCACCAGCCUUCACUUCUCCAUUAGGUGUAGCACAAGGAGGAAGAAUUAACUACCAAUGAGAAAGGAAGAAAUAGGUGUGAAACCGGUGUUUUACUCUGUAAUUGACAUAUAAAGCACCUGUUAUAAAAGACAAAAAGUGCAUGUACCUGGCAGGUAAUAUGCGUCAGUAAAUCUUAGGUGGGAGUGACAAUAAUAAAGCUCCACUGAGGUAGAUAGGUAGAAUCGUGUAUAGGAAACUAAUGGUUGUAAUGAUGUUUGUAUUCCAUGCUUUCCCAAGUGCAGGUAUUUUAUUUUCACUUUUUUUUUUUGCCACGCAUGUAUAAUAAAAAAUUUGCUGGUUCGUUAGAGCCAGCAUUAUCUGACAUAAAGUAAUUGUUUGUAUAUUUUUGCAGUAUGCUGUCUGAAAUUUGCAAGGUCUUUUUUAAUAAAACUAUGACUAAAAUGAAA